AUGUCUCAGUCAAUGCUCUCCACCAUGCUCAACUCUCGCCUGAGCGCCGUCGCAGCCCGCACAUCAAGACGAUCCAUCGGCCGAGCUCUGUACUCCAGCCAGGGCUACGGAGACGGCAAAGGAGACCCAGCGGCCGAGAACCCUGCCGAGCAAGGUGUGAGCCGUCGCAGUCGCGAAUUGGAGCACCCAGGACCCGAGCAGCAUGUCAAGAAGCCUUCGUCUGGCAACGGUGGUGAGCAGCAGUCAGGGAGCAAGGACGGGUCGGCGAAGCCGUCGUUUAAGAAGGGACUGGAGAAUGAAAUUGCUCGGGGUCGGGGGCAAUGA